AUGGCUUCUGACCCAGAAUCACCUGAAACGUUUGAGGAGAAGAAGCACAGAUAUAGCCUAUGCGAGAAACAUGAAGCCUCAGAUGAGGAAUUGUGGCAGCAACUAUACGAUGCGAGAAUGCAGGAAAUCCAAGGUGAGCAAUACUUGGUAGCCCCUGCAAUGGACUUUCAGCUUUACUUGGAAGAAGAAAGUGAAACUGUGAGAAAUGAGCAUGCCAUCACCUUGCUCAUGACAUGCUACCUGCUCCAAUGCAUCGUGUCCAUUGAGAACCCUGCCCGCAGCUGGUUAGGGCCGACAACAUCGAGCACUUCAACAAUUGAUCCCAGACUUUGUGGCUUCUCGGUGGCUUGCCAACAAUGCCAAGCCCGCCGCCAACGAAAAACUUCUGCCACCGGGGAAGAAUUGGAGGUGGCUGCAGCAGAGCAGUCAGUGGAGACUGGUGUCAAGGUGGGCAUCUCUAUGGAACCUGGGGCUCACAUUGCAAGAGCCCUGCAGCUCCUUCACCCAAUGGAUUCAACAAUCGUGCUGCCAGACCCUCUCAAGAAAGCCCUGUUCAACAUGAUCACCAAGGAACCUGCGGAAAUUGCCAGAGAAAGGUUGGAAAUGCUGAAGCUUUACAGAGAUAGAGCUGCAGACUUGCGUAAGGCUGAAUCCGAGUUGCACAAAAAGCUGCCAGCUCAUGUUCAGGGUGUUAUCAAGGGCAAACGCCUUUUACUUUUUGAAGAACGUUUGAAAGCCAAUUCUUUUCCCGACAUGCAAGCCAUGCGUGAUUUUGUGGAGGGGGUUGAUUUGGUAGGUGAGGAGCCUUUCUCUGAGCUCUUCAAAGAAAAGCCGCAGCCAACCAGAGACAAUGAAGAGGUGGAUGAGAGCUUCCUCAAGGGGCCAUUUUUCUCGGAGGAUGCAGUGUCCGCUGAACUGGGCACGGAGUGUUGGACGCUGACCAAGCGCUUUUUACUCAUACAAGGAGAGGAUGGCAAAGAACGUAUAAUUGACGAUUACCGCAGAAGCCAUGUGAACUCAGCCUUUGCUUCGCGUUCAUACCUGGAGUUACAAGAUGUUGAUGUCCUGGAAGCCCUCGUGGGCCGGUGCUUCGACUUGUCCAAGGCCUACAAACAACUGGCAGUGAGCAAGGUGUCUUGCACCGUGGCGGCAUCAGUGCAUGGGCUCCUGAACUUUGCAUCGGGUUUUGCAUUGGGCAAGGCUUUACAGCCAUCAGCACAGGGUUUCUCUUCCCUUGCCUCGGGCUUGGAGCUCCGACCUACGGCCUUUGCAGACUUAUGUGAGCAUGCGUUGAUGGUCCUCAAGUCUCUUCAGCCGAGAAGAAUUGCUACUGCAGAUGAGACUCUACCGAUCAUCAUUUACACCGAUGGUGCUUUUGGAGAAGAUCUUGCAGAUUGGGGUGCCAUUCUCUUUGACCCUGCGCUAUGCCAUGCUAUUUGUGGUAUGAGCGCAUUGCAUCCUUGGAGGCAUGACAAAGAGAGAUCCGUGCAGCAUCGUUCUUUCAGUCAUUUGGCAUGUCCAGUCAUUUCACAUAUUCGUUUGAGCAAAAAAAAUACCGACGAGUUUGUCGAGGCGUCCUAUUACGCGCUUCCGCAUGACAAAGAGAGAUCCGUGCAGCAUCGUUCUUUCAGUCAUUUGGCAUGUCCAGUCAUUUCACAUAUUCGUUUGAGCAAAAAAAAUACCGACGAGUUUGUCGAGGCGUCCUAUUACGCGCUUCCGCAGUUCCUUUUGAUGAAAGUAGCACGUGUGGUGGUGCGACUUGCAGAUGAAGAGAGGUUCCAUCUUGAGGAAGGUGCAACAACAAUCAUGUUGAAGUUCCUGCCACCGAAGUUGUCGCGCGCUGGUGAAACCUUGCUGAGAACGAUCGAUGAGGUGGCACCAUGCAAGUAUGACCUCUUCUACUCUCCACGGUCCAGACAUAGAAAAGCGAGGAACAUCGACAUGUGCUUUAUUAACUUUUUAGAUCAUGAGAGCGCGGUUGUCGCCGGCGAGCAUUUGGUGAAGGUCUUUGAAGCUUCCUGGGUUGCUGUCCGCCAAGCAGGAGUACAAGGUUUCCUUCCAAACAUUGCUUACUAUGUGACCAAGAGCGGGUAUGAUGCCUUGUUCCAAGAUAAUGCCCCCAAGAUCUUUCAGUCCGGGGAACAACAGACCGUUGCCGAUGCCUUUGGGUCUGGUUUGAUCUCACAGGAGAAAAUUUGGGUAGCAGUUCAGGCAUUGGAACCACAGAAAGCGCGACAAGAAGCCGAAAACCAGGCGCAGGGGAUUGAAUGGGAGGUCAAGAUUCGUAAAGUACCAUCACUUCAAUACCAGGGAGUCCGCGGAGAUGGUGACGAUCCCGUUGAUCGAGCACAGACUUCGUUGGAUCGCCGGGGCUCAAGCGAUUCAGGUGUGUCAGCAUCGUUUCGAGGGAUGGAGUUGAAGGAGUCAAGCUGGCAAGACAUCCGGGUAGGCAGCAUAGAUGAAUUUGGCUUACACUUGUCCCACAUUCUCGAACACUGCGAGCAAGUAGUUGUCAGUGUUUAG